CGCCUCCUCUGCGCCCUUUCUAACUAACUUCCCAGGCCCGACACCUCGCCGCCGCUCCGCGCCCCUCAACCGCGCCCUGCGAGGAUCGGAUGAACCAACCCAUCGGAUAAAUCCGAACUGACUUCUUUGGUCCCGUUCAUCUGUAUUACAUUGCCGCAGCACUGCAAGAAUCAUGCAGUGCCCCAUGGACGCUGCUGCUAGUGGAACCUCACCAGUGAUGCAAUGCCAUAGCAUUCCUGAUGAGUCGACCUCCCAUUCAUCUCCUUUGCCAACGGUUCUGGAACGUUCGCAGCGCCAUUGCUAUGGAGAUGGAACCCCAGGUGAAUUCCCCCUUGCUGUGAGCCCCUCCAUUGUCCUCCAUGUGCUUUCGGCCUGUGAUCUGGACCCAAAAGAUCUUGCCGCUCUGGAGGCUACAUGUACACUUUUCAGUAAACCUGCAAAUUUUGCACCCUACUUUGCACUGUCGCUUCCAGAGCUAGCAUCAUUUGAUAUGUGCCAGAAAAGGACCAUGUUUAAGCUGAUGACUCAAGAAGAAAAGGAGUGUCUGAAACAACAGUGUGGAGGCUCCUGGAAGCAUGUUCUUAGGUAUAUUUUGGUUAGAGAGAAGAAUGUCUCUCGGGUGAUUGCUGGGCCAGGCCAUAGUAUAGUUGUAACAACAAGUGGAGAUGUAUAUUCGUUUGGGGCCAACUGCUCCGGUCAGCUUGGCCUCGGGGAUUCAGAAGACCGAUUUAAGCCAUGUCUUAUCAGGUCUCUACAAGGAAUCAGAAUCACACAAGCUGCAGUUGGAUCAAGACAGACAAUGCUUGUGAGUGACACAGGAAGGGUCUAUGCAUUUGGCAAGGAUAGUUUCAGGGGUGCGGAAUCCGUUGAGGCUGCUCAUACUAAUCAGAUUACAACUCCUAAGGUAGUGGAGUCACUGAAGGGUGUGUUUGUAGUUCAAGCUGUCAUAGGGGGUUACUUCUCUGCAGUUCUGUCUAGAGAGGGUCGAGUUUACACUUUCUCAUGGGGCAAAAGCGAGAGGCUUGGCCAUAAUUCAGAACCUUCAGAUGUGGAGCCUCGUCUUCUCUCUGAACUUGAGGAUGUCCCUGUUGCAUAUAUCUCUGCAGGAAAUUGCUACCUCCUUAUGUUGGCAUACCAACCAAAUGGAAUGUCUGUGUAUUCUGUAGGUUGUGGUUUAGGGGGCAAGCUUGGGCAUGGAUGCAAAAAUAAUAAGGGCAUGCCCAAGUUGAUCGAACAGUUUCGGUCCUUGAGCUUUAAUCCAGUUUCAAUAGCAGCUGGCACUUGGCAUGCCGCAGCCCUUGGUGCUGACGGGCGUGUGUGCACCUGGGGUUGGGGACACACUGGUUGUUUGGGGCAUGGUGAUGAGGAAUACAAGGCUGUUCCCACAGUGGUAGAAGGAUUACGCAACGUGAAGGCCGUUCACCUCUCAACUGGUGAAUACACUACCUUUGUCGUCGCAGAUAACGGGGAUGUGUACUCGUGUGGAUCCGGCGAGUCCUUGAAUUUAGCUUUUCAGGGGGACGAUGAGGCGGAGGAGGAGGAGGGUCCAGAUUUCUCGACCCCGAGCAUCGUCGAGUCGCUCAAGGCGCUGAACAAGAAGGUCGCGCAGGUCUGCCCCACCAACGCCUCCUACUGGCUGAACUCGGAGAUGGGGCACCCGCACACAUUCGCGGUGAUGGAGUCCGGCGAGCUGUGCGCGUUUGGGGGAGGGACCAGGGGCCAGCUCGGCGUGAAGCUCCUCGAGGGCGUGGAGAAAGUGAGCGUCCCGAUGCAUGUUCCGAUUGAACUCAGCUGAGCCCACUCCGGUUUCAGCCGCAUUUGCUCUUCAUUCAGAGCGGUGGUAAGCUUAGACAUGGUAGGAUGUAAAUAUUAGGGAGGCUUUUGCUUGGUUUAUCUGAACUCCUUUGAAGUAAAAUGAAGGCUUUUGGUGCCGAAUUGAAGUUUAACUAA